CUUGACACAAAACAUUUAGAAAUAGAAAAAAGCAUAGAUCAAAACAUCUGCUUUUUCAAAAUUAAAAAUGCUCUUUUGAGUAACUCCGGAAUAAAGAUAAAAAUGUGAAAUGUAGUAACUCGGACAACUUGCUGGAUGUCACGCACAUUUGUCAAAGGUAAGGGAACUUGACGCCUUCCCCAGACGUGGGCAGUCACACCAGUGCCUCGGCCGGCCGUGCUCACUCUCCGUCCUGGGCUCGCGAAGUCCUGCCGCGCCGCGAGCCGGGAGGACACGUGGAAGCCUCCUCCCGCGGCUGUCACGGCGCCGGGUCACGUUCCGCACGGGCGAGCUCGCCCUUCACACCCGUCCCACCGAAAAGAAACCGACAUUUACCAGGGGGAGCUGCGGACGUCCCUGCCCCGCACACCGCCUGCGUCUCCAAGCACAGAGGCCCCCGCGGCAGCCGCGGGCACGCACGGUUUACUCACGCCGGUCUCAACCUGCUGAGAAGGAACUAGCGCCGCACUCCACGCCAGCGCCAGGCUUCCCCUGAGAGAGCCUGACUCGAUCACCUGAAGCAGAGUGGGGCACCGGCCCCUCAGGAUGCCCUGCACGCUCAGCGCGGAGCAUAAGCGCGGCCCGUGGGCGGAAGUACGCGCCGACCGGAAGCACCUUAGGGGCGGGGCGGAGGCACGCGCACGCCCCGCACCACCCGCCGUUUCCGGCCCACCCGGAAGCAGAUUUCCCGGAUGGCAGGGCGUCUUGGCUGGAGUGAGGUUCAGCAUUGCUGGUGGCCGCUCGCACGUUGAUGCCCCCCCGGCGUUGCGUCCUUCUCACCCGGAGCCCUGGGCCUCCCGAACCUUACAGCCCCCGCCUCCGCCCGUCUCGCCCGCGGGGAGCCCCGCCCGGUCGCGGGACGCGUGCUGCUGGUCUGGAUCCGCGCCUUUUCCUCCGGAUCUGAAUCAAAGCUCUGUCUUCUCCACUGGGUGACUCAGAGGAAAAUUAGAGGAUCCGGUGCCCAGAAUCCUGCUUUCACCUCUCCAGACAUUUAAACCAUUCUCCAGUUCCUCAGGCCCUUCAGCUCACCCAAGAAGUCAAAAGAUUCAAUUUCCUCAUCACAGUACAUGCAUACAGCCGGCAGAGAGCAAAGUUUGCUUAUCACUUUGGCACUGCUUAGCUCUGUGAUGCUGAAGACAUUCUCAUUUCUGUGCAUUACAGAAGAGAUUCAGAUUUCCAGAGUUUGUAAGCUUUGGAAGAUGCUAGUUGAGCAUUCCGCACUAUGGAGACAUGUACCUGACACCUUACAGGCUUUGCCUGCUUAGUGCUUGGACUGUCUGAGAGUGAAAACCCAGAGAAAGACACCUGGCAACUGAGUUACUGACAAUGCAGCCACUGGAAUCCGUGACAUUUGAAGAUGUAGCUAUAGACUUCACCAAGGAAGAGUGGGCCCUGCUGGACAUAUCCCAGCGAAAGCUGUUCAGGGAUGUCAUGCUGGAAAAUAUACGUCAUCUCGUUUCCCUAGGAUAUCAGCAUUGCAAAUCAGAUUUGAUUUUCCAGUUGGAGCAAGGACAAGAGCUGCGGAGUGAAGGAACCGGAUUUCUCCAAGGCCAGAGCCCAGGCAGGGGAAAUGCCUUUAAAGAACAAGAAAUUAUAGCCACACAACGUAUCAACAGGAAGGACACAUCUGCAAUCAUGCCAGUGCAGGAAUCUCUUACUGCAGAGGAUCCCUUUGAAUAUAAAGAUUUGGAAGAAGAUUUCACUCAUGGCUUCAUGUUGAGUCAACAUUUGUUAACUCACACAGAAAAGACACCUUGUAUCAGUAAACAGUGUCCAAAAUCCCUUAGUGACCAGUCAUACCUUAAUCAACAUAAGCAAAUUCACACCAGAGGUAAAUCAUGCGAGUGCCAUCUGUGUGGAAAAGCCUUCAGUAAUUGCUCAAGCCUUAGGAGACAUGAGAUGACUCACACUGGAGAGAAACCAUAUGAAUGCCAUAUCUGUGGGAAUGCCUUUAUUCAAAGCUCAGACCUUAGAAAACACAAUCUAACUCAUACUGGAGAGAAACCAUAUGAAUGUCAUCUAUGUGGGAAAGCCUUCAGUCAGUCCUCCAACCUCAGACAGCAUGAGAGAACACACACUGGAGAGCAGCCAUAUGAGUGUCACCUGUGUGGGAAAGCCUUCAGUAAAUGUUCUGCCCUCAGACGACAUGAAAGAACUCACACUGGAGAAAAACCGUAUGAAUGUCAUCUUUGUGGGAAAUCCUUCAGUCAGUGUUCUGCUCUUAGACGACACGAGGGAACCCACAAUGGAGAGAAAAUUAUAAAUGCCUUCAGUAAAUAUUCUGACCUUAGAUAACAUCAUAUUAUAAAUGUAGUGAACGUGGGUGAGACUUCAACCAUAGCGUUAACAUUUAAACACACCUCUAAGGGACUUGCCCAUUGAAGAAACUAAUCAACGUAGAAGAUUCCUCAGUCAUGCUUCCUCAUGUGACAUACACCAGCUUAAAUGGAAGAAAUCCCCGGGUGUGACAACUGUGCAGCAAAACCAUGAAGGAUGAAAGAGGACUCACUCUGUCUCAACCUGUAACACACUAUGGGUCUGCACACUGGGCACUGGGGACGGCGCGCAGCCAGGUACCAGGUGUUUCGCCCACAAGAAAACUCAGUGAAGUCUGAAUAAACACUAACACAAGAUGUAAGAGGAUGAAUGCUCUUGAGAAAUAACAAAUCAUUCAUAUUGCAGUGAGAAAGGAGAGACCCUUUGUUCAUAGAAAGGCAUUUGGGGCACGUGUGAAGAUUCAGACUGUAUACAGCACUCAGUGUCAGUGAUCACUUAUUUCUCAGCCAACAUUAAGCUUCUUACCUGAGGAGAUGGCAGUCAGGAAACCACAGUGGCGGGAACUUCAGGCAGAUUUCGUAGCAGGAAACUAAGUCUAGGGAAAAACCUCUAAAAUUAGAGCCUUUAACAUACAAUGUAACCAGUAAUUCAGGAUUUUGAGAAAAAUAACUAUUCAUGGGGAAAAUGUGGCAUAUAAAUACAAAAAGGUAAAGUUGAUCUAAGCAUAUCAAAUACAGAAUUUUCUAAAAGGUAAAACUUUUUCAAUACAUUAUUUCCUGUAAAUACUUAAUUAAUAAACUCUGUUGCUGAAAAAUC